AUGGCUAAACCAAAAACAGAUGAUGCAUCUGAAGAAGCGAAAAAAAUUGUAGAUGAUGCCAAAAAUUUCAUUGAAAAAGCUAUUGGAGACAUUGGAAAAACAUCUGCAACGAAGCAACUUAUUUUAGGAACUGCAUCAGGAUGGAUAACUGGUUUUUUGACUAUGAAAAUCGGUAAAUUUGCUGCUGCCGGAAUAGGUGGAGGAGUUAUUUUACUGCAUAUUGCAAGCCAAAAAGGAUACAUCGACAUUAAUUGGGACAAAAUCAAUAAAAAAGUUGAUAAAAUCAGCGACAAAGUAGAAAAGGAAGCAACUGGAAAAUCUCCUGAUUGGAUUGAAAAAGUAGGAAGAUUUGUGGAUCGUAAAAUUGACAAGGCUGAAGACUUGAUAAAGAAAAAAGAAAAAAAGGCAAAGAGAUGGUUCAACAAUUUUACUGGAGAUGAUCAUUAUAAAGCAACUGAAACUCAUGUAUUCUUAGCAUCCUUUGUAGCUGGAAUGGCUGUUGGACUUAUUUGUGGAAAAUAA